AUGGACACCACCAUUCCGGAGGAGCUGCGAUCAAUCAUGACAAUCCAGGACGGGCAACUCUGGUUCUCCGAGAAGCAAGCACUUACCUGCAAGGCGAUGGUAGCGGCGGCUUUCAAGAUGGAAGGACGGGUGAGCGGCUGGAGAGCAGGGCUGAUACCCUUCGCCAAGGAUGUCGACGACAGCUUUUUGGUUACGGACACUCAAGCAAGAGGUUGUCCGGUGGUAGAGUGGGAUGCAGCAGACGGUGAGGGUGGCACAGUGGCGAAGACUUUCUCGCUCUUCCUAGAGGGCUUCAGGAACGAGCUGCUUUCCGGGCAAUGCGAAUACGUGGAGGGACUGGGCGUUGUCGAGAAAAUCACGAAGAGUAACGUCAGCAGCCCUCCCCGCGGCAACCGAAAAUGA